AUGUGGUCACUGGAGGACCAAGGGAUUCUAGAACUUCAAGACAAGCUCAAGAUAUUGAAUCCCGGUGCUUCGAUCAACAUCGAAUAUCUACGUGAUAAACAUGUCUUGGUUGUAACUGGUCAGUUUGAUGAGGAAUUUGAUAUCGAAAUCACAUCGCUGCUUGCAACUUAUGUCGAAGAGCAUCGCAAUGAUGAUUUACUUGAGAUGCCGAGAGUUCGUCAGCUUCCAAUCUCGACCUAUUUCGAUCCCAAUCCCCUUGCUGGCUAUGGAAGCGAUGCGAAAUUGGAGGUGGAAACCCUUGUGGAGGAAAUUAUGCCGACACAACCCACUAGCGAUGAACCCAUUGUCAAGUUCUGGUAUUUCUCGCAGGCGGGAUUGGGGCCCAUCACUCAUGACUCGGACCCUCUUCUAUCUCGCAUUUCCGAAAUGACGGAAACACAAAUUACAGUCCAGGGAGCUCGAGGGCUCCGUAUUUCUGCACAGCACAUGGACAACAUCGAGGAGGCAAUGGAUGUACUCGAUUCUCUUGAAGAAUGCUUGGAUCUCAUCGAGAACCAAAACAGAGGGCUGAUCAUCUUAAAUCCCAAACGGGACAGUGCUACCUAUCGCAUCAUGACAUAUUCACAGAUCAGUGCCACUGCCUUGUGGCGUAUUUUGAUCGACCGAAAUGCCUCGCUUCGUCUCCCAAGGUUAAUGACUUUGGUGGUCUGUGGAUUCGACGAGCUCGCUAACGAAUUUCGUCCACUUCGCAAGCUUCGACAGCCACCGCAAGUGGCCCUGAAGGAAGCAGGCAUUACUCGUGACUGGGAAGACUACCAUUUUCCAGAAAUCGGUCCGAAAAACGAUCCCCUCCUAGGGGAAAUUAAUCGGCAUCUCCCGCCUAAAAGUGACACCUCUCAAGAGAAGAGCGAUACUCAGCACCCCUAUCUCUCUACUGGAAAGGUAAAGGAUGUCGACAAAUGGAUCUCUCGGGGUGUUGCUAAACGGCCUUUGGCAACCGACAGCCAUAAAAAAGCACCAUCGGAAGAUAACCCCACCUCUCCUGAGCUUGUUGCGUCGAAGCCUCCGCCUGAGUCUAGCGUUUCCGCACCACGGGACCAGAAACAGUCUGGAUUCAAGCCCAAUCCCGCAGGCGUCAAAGGACGCGCGGUUAUGCUACCAGAUGGAACGAUAGCAACCUCUAGCCAGUCUCGACAAGAAAAGCCAACAGACACCGCUCGGGGCCAAAAACCCUCCGUGUUUAGCAGACUCAGCUAUAGGGAGAGAAUCAGGAACCAACAGGCAGCCGAGUCGUCUGUCUCAAUCCCUCAACAAACAGGACCCGUUAGUAUUGUUCGUAGCGCUGCUGACUCUACUGGUCCAAAUGCAGCUUCCAAGCAGUCAGCAACGAUGUCUGGGGAAACUGGUCCUGUGGCUUCUACCUAUUCUACCCCAAAUCAGGCACCCAAGUCAAUUGCCACCCCUCGUCUCCCAGUUCUAUCCACUCAUCCAGGUGCACCACCCAAAAAGUUGAGAGAAACGUCACAUGCAGCCGAUUUGGCUAUUCCUCCCACUCCCAAAGAAGAGAAAACAACUAACGCUCUCCAUCGACCAAUUCGCUCUAUUUCUCCAAGAGUAAACUGGGCCCAGCCUCUCAACAUACUUGAGGCAGAUUCACAGGUGAAUACAAAACCUCAGGGGCGGAGCGUUGAUUCAGUAAUGGGGGAGAUCAAGCUAAUUAUUGAGACGGCCAAGACCACGAGGGAAACUCGAAUGGAUGAAGUGACCAGCAAGCCAAAGAUAUCAGAUCAAAGCCCCCCAAGCACCCCAUCUACUCGGCUGAAUCUCAGUAAAGAAGACACAGAAGACCUCGGCCCCCUCAUUGAUCUCGAUUGCGAAGUGAAGAGUCUCAAUAGCGGUUUCCAACACAUUGUUGCGUUCGAUCCGUUAGGCACACUCCCAUCAAGCGUUCCAGAACAGUUUACAGAUGUGCAUAGUCAAUCGCAGCAUGUUGAGGUUGCCAUUUCUACUCCAACUGUUGAUAUCUUUGAUAUGCCCAAUAUCGAUGGUACGACUAUUCAACCUCAGUUAAGUCGGAGCAUCUCUCCUUGUCAUGAGCCAACCCAAGACCCGAUGACCCUCCGUGCGCCGACUCCAACCUCUGCUACUAGGGAAAAUGCCCAACCAGGGCUCGCUCCAGGUGCGCUGUUGCCCGAGUCAGAGGUUGCUGACUCUCAUAAUGAGAGCGACGUGUUGGAAGAUGAACAGAAACCUAAACAGACCCCUGAAUUCCGCAGCAAGGCUGAUGAGGUGGCACUAGAGUAUCUGCUCAAGCAGAUCAAGGAGAAUCCUGCCCCAGAGAUUCCUAGCAUUGAGGAGAUUGCGUUACCUCUCGAUGCUACACUUGCUGAGCCUGCGCCUCGAGGUCUGCUUUGUAUCUCGCGCGACAAUGCUCUGCGUGAUAGUAUUCAGCAACGUCAACACCCUGACCAGAUGAGUGAGAAAGUUCCCUUUCUUCAUCCAGAUCUCAUUGAUAUCUCACCUCAGAUGCUUUCUCCUCGCUCGAGGUGUGCGUCCGCGCAACAAUCAGACUCCAAAAACGAGGAGCAAGAUGCGGAAACAAAAGUUGACGAAAAUCUGGCUGUUUCAGAUGAAACUGAGACAAGAGAAUUCCGCGAGACAAUGUUCCAUCAGCGGCCUCCCGAUAAGGCCUUUCAAUGGGUGGACGAGGUAACCAAGGUCGUGAGAAGGGCAAAGAUUGAAGUCCACGGUGCUAAUACCUGGCAGCGAAAAGGAACCAGUGAAAGCAAUGCAGAGAACAAGGAAAAGGUUGAAACCCCCAUCGUGAAUUUCUGGCAGCGAAGAACAGGAUUUAAACCAACAGAAGCACAGCCACGAAAAGUCAUUGAUUUGCCCACGAAAGCGGUUGUGAAAUCAUCAAGAGAAAAAAGGCAAAUCCAUGAGUCAACAGAGAAUUUGUUUCGCUUCCUUCAACCAAUUCUUGAUUCAGUUCGCAGCUUUCCUGGAACGUUGAGCUUUCAAAUACAAUUCGGUCUUAUGUUCAUGCCCAGCCUACCAGCUUCAACCAAAGAGAAGGAGAUGAGCUACAGGGAGGUCCACCAGCUGUUUUUCUCUAAGAAUAACUUGACACCACCUCCAAUCUCACUCUUCGAACGCUUGACUUCAUCUCCUGCAGACAUUGACUACCUCAUCGAUUUGGAGGCCAACCAAUCUCGCCUGUUCGACCAAAAGUACAGCCACCGUGGCGUAAAGUAUGAGUUCUGGUGCCGCGUUGGCCCGAACAGAACCAUUGUUAUCUCCGUUAAUGAAUAUGGACAUGCUAUGAUUCGCUAUCCUGAGGUUUCCCUAGGCACGGUGCACUUGAAUUUCCCUUCACAAGUCUGGGAUGCAGCUGCUAGGGUACAAGGCUUUAUCGAAUACAUUACGGGUGCUGACCGGGAUCUUGACGAAGCUGCACGAACGAUGGCGAAAAGUAUCCGGAUAGAGCCAAACAACAAGCACCUUCGUAUGUUGGUCCGUCUUCCCCCGGCAUCGAAGAUCAAAAUCGAGAAGGUGUUCAUGGAACGGUGGAGCCGUCACCCCUACCGCUCAGAAAGGAGCAAGGACUUGUUUCUCCAAAUCAGCGAAACCCAAGAACUCUUCGCCAUCCCCUCCAUCCUGGAUCCGGGUAUUCUGGUUUAUCAGAACGCCCCGCUUGGGAAAAUGGUCAAAGACGGAAAGCAGUGGUGGCAAGCCUCGAUUGGCAGCAGCAAAGUGGACGGCAUCCUGAAAUCAAAUUCCUUCCUUGAGCCUGGUGAUUGCAAUGAGUCCUGGUGUGCGACAGAUCUCCUCGGUGCAGAUGUCAUGAAUGUCGUUCCCUCUACUGCAAACCAGGAACUGAGUACCCUUGGAGCUGAGGUCGGUUAUUCGGGAAUUGGAGCAAUGUUCCAACUUGCCAAAAUAGUCGUGCAGAAGAUCGAUGCUGUGGGAUUCUGGAACAGAGGUCCUGCCAGUAUUGAACGGCGCACGAACACGUCGAAUGAUCGCAGCAACGCUGGUACAGGUACGAUUAAGGAGUCGUCCGCUUCCUUGGAAAAACAAUUAGUGCCCUGGGCUCCGCCAGCUGGGAUCAAGGAGAAGCACAAGUGGUGA